AGACAUGUUGGUCUGAACAGAAAAACGUCAUGUUCUCGUCGGAUGAACAGCCAUUAACACACAUCCUCAUUCGGCGCGCCCACGCGUAUCAGGUACUGCUCCCCCUCCUCUCUGGCGAUGCCUGAUCGCUCGCAACUUAUCUUUUUUAAAUACAUCUUCUCCCGACCCGAAGUGUCUGUGAGCAUCGCAACCUGUCACUCGGUGUUCCCCUGUCACGCAGGAGCCGUAAUGAGAGGAGUGGAAUCAGUGAAUGCAGGCUGCGGCGGAUCCUGGAGACACGGCGGCGGAACGACGCGGCACCCCGGGUCCCACACACUGCACUAGGAGCUCCGGGUCCCACAGAGGACCGAGAACCAAGAGGCGACCACAGCGGGUGAAGUGGACGGUCCGGAAGCAUGCGGGUCUUGUUGAGCGUUAUUUACCCCGUGCUAUUGCUCACGGUCUUCGGAUUAUAUCCCUCUAUGACCAUCGGUCCCAAGGAGGGAUGGCAGGUGUACAGCUCGGCGCAGGACGCGGACGGGAGGUGCAUCUGCACCGUGGUGGCCCCGGAGCAGAGCCUGUGCUCCCGGGACGCCAAGAGCAGACAGCUCCGCCAGCUCCUGGAGAAGGUCCAGAACAUGUCCCAGUCCAUCGAGGUGCUGAACCUCCGGACUCAGAGGGAUUUCCAGUACGUCAUCAAGAUGGAGAACCAGAUGAAGGGGCUGAGAACCAAGUUCAAGCAGAUCGAGGAUGACAGGAAGUCGGUCAUGGCCAGAAAUUUCCAGGAGCUGAAGGAGAAGAUGGAGGAGCUGAAGCCGCUGAUCCCUGUCCUGGAGCAGUACAAGACGGACGCUGCUCUCAUCUCCCACUUCAAGGAGGAGAUCAGGAACCUGUCUGCGGUGCUCACCUCCAUCCAGGAGGAGCUGGGCGACUACGACUACGACCAGCUGUACCAGCGCGUGCUGCGGCUGGACGGACAGCUGCGCCGCUGCAUGGGCAAGCUCACAUGUGGGAAAUUGAUGAAGAUAACCGGACCGGCUACCAUAAAGACAUCUGGAACCCGGUUUGGGGCUUGGAUGACCGACCCGCUCCCCACAACAAGAAGCAACAGGGUUUGGUACAUGGACAGCUACACAAACAGCAAGAUUGUGCGUGAAUACAAGAGCAUGGAGGACUUUGUGGCGGGUGCGGUCUCACGCACGUACAGCCUCCCCUUCAAGUGGGAGGGGACCAACCACAUGGUGUACAAUGGCUCCCUGUACUACAACAAGUACCAGAGCAACAUCAUCGUCAAGUACAGCUUUGACAGCGGCAGCGUGCUGGCCCAACGGGCGCUGGAGUACGCCGGCUUCCACAACAUGUACCCGUACACGUGGGGCGGCUUCUCCGACAUCGACGUCAUGGCGGACGAGCUGGGCAUGUGGGCGGUGUACGCCACCAACCAGAACGCCGGCAACAUCGUGGUGUCGCAGAUCGACCCCGACACGCUGCACGUGAUGCAGACCUGGAACACCGAGUACUCCAAGAGGAACGCCGGCGAAGCCUUCAUGAUCUGCGGCACGCUGUAUAUCACCAACUCACACAUGUCGGGCGCCAAGGUGUACUACGCGUACUCCACCAAGACCUCCACGUACGAGUACACCAACAUACCGUUCCACAACCAGUACUUUCACAUCUCCAUGCUGGACUACAACGCCCGGGAGAGGGCGCUGUACGCCUGGAACAACGGCCACCAGGUGAUCUUCAACGUCACGCUGUUCCACAUCAUCCAAACGGAUGACGACGAGUCCUAGACGGUCUGUGAAGUGAGGGAGCUCUGAUGUGCCAUGUUUUAUUUCAAAUUUUGCCGAGAACUUUGUUUUUCUUAACAAUUCCAAUGGAUUUCUUUUUGGGGAUAAUUUGCUGAAUUUUAACAUGGACCCCAGUGACUAUAAAAACCUUUUUUUUUUGCUGGAGAACGAAGUGCAAUACCUGAUUUGCCAAGUGUUGGUUGUGCCUCCGAAAUACAUGUUGCUUUUGCAUGAGUGUUAACAUUUUGUCUCAUGUGAAAUACAAAGUGGCUUUGUUUCUGUUGCAGCUCACAAUGUGUUUUGUGCGUCUAAAACCCUUGCAAAUAGCUGCUGCAAUGUGAAAAUAGCUUACCACUAAAUAUAGCAGAAACCCUUUUAAAGUUGGAACAUAACAAUGUUGUACUUAUGUAUGUCACUGUGUGGGAAGUCAAUUUGUAUUUUUUUUCAUAAAAAAGGCAACCAUAUAAAAAGAA